GAUAUUCUGAUGUCCUCCACUUCUUUUCUCCCUCUCCUCUCCUCUCUCUUUCUUUGUUUCUCGUGCAACUGCCUAUUUUUCAUCUUUUAAUUUGUUUAAUUUACUCCUCCUUGAAGACUGAACUGAGAAGAAGGGAAGGAAGAAGGAAGAGCCUUUUUAUUAAUAGCUUUUUUCAAGGUUUCUAGUUUUUCUAGUAGCAUAAAGCUUCUGGAACUUUGGGUCAUCGUCUUCAUCCUCAUUAACGCAGUAAAAAUCGAGUCUUUGUUUAAUCUUGGGAGUUUCAAGAACCAGACGGCUCUGUGUUUGUGGCUUAAUCUUGGCUGGUUGGUGAUGAGAGAGGGUCGGGUUACUCUGUUCUUGCUCAAUGGUGCGGGAUAUUGGUGCUGCUAGUGGUGGUGGUGGUGGUGUUAGUUGGGGUUUGGUGCUGCCGCCGGGCGUGGCUCCGACGGCCACUGGUGGCGGUGCUGACAAAGAUGAGCAAUGGAGGAGUUUUGACAACUCUGUCAAUGCGGUGUCGUUUGGGUUUGUUGCCACCGCUAUUCUCAUUUCUAUGUUCCUUGUCAUGGCCAUUUUUGAGAGGCUUCUCCGCCCAAGAUCAUCCACCUCCGCCGCUGCCGGCGGCAACGCCUCCAAUCUCGAGGCUCACAUCAGGGUCCAAAGAAAGCUUGAUUAUCCAUCUCCAGAAAUGACUGUCUAUGCUAGAGGAGUGUCGGUGUUAAUGCCCGGGGAAGAAGUUCCCACCUUCAUCGCUCACCCUGUUCCUCCACCAUGUAAUCCCACGGACACCUCACAACCCUGCAAUCCAUCGAUCUUGGCCUCGACUCAGACACAGCCCCAGGCGAUAAUCCAAGAAAGCGGAGAGAGCUCAACAGCUCCGCGUAGCUAGGUAGUCUUUCCACAAAUGCUGUUUCUGUGUCUCUGAGGAUCUUAUCGUCGUUGUCUUUAGCCACUACUUUUGUAUAUCAGAUAGUAUUUGGCUGGGACUGUAAAGCUUGGUAGACAUAAAAGUAUUGUUUCUCAAGAAAAGCCAGAACUUGUCUAAUUUUGUUACUGGCGUGUGUAGUUUCUUCAGCUGUCAUUUUAGAUGCAAUGACAGAUGCGGGUUCUUGGUUCCUCGUA